AUGUCGGUGAAGGCUUUCGAAUUAGUUUCUGCUAUUGAGCGGAUCAAAUUGAUGUCUGAUAAAGUCAAGACUCAGAUCGAAUGCAUAGAAGUUUGUGGGAAAAAUCUUUACAUUGGCACAAGUGACUGUUUUAUUGUCCAUUAUAUAAUUACGGAAAGCGUUUCCUCCCCAACUGGAAAGGUUGUAUUCUCAAGUGAGAAGCAACAACACAAAUACCUGGGCUUGAAAAAACCAGUCCUUCAGUUGAAGGCAGCUUCGGCUCUGAAUCGAAUCCUCUUGCUAUGUGACAAUAUAUUGACUUUACUGAAUAUGUUUGACCUGGAGCCCAUUAUUAGCGGGGCCAAAGUGUGCGUUGCCCUUAAGAAGAAACAGAUUCAAAUGUACACAGUAACAGAAGACCGAAUGAUUCACAUGAAAGACAUCAACCUCAUUGACCAAGCAGUUACUUUGGGUUUGGAUGGAGCUCACAUCUGUGCUGCACUUUCAAACCAGUACUGCAUGAUCAAUUACGAAUCCGGCCACAUCCAAGACUUGUUUCCUUAUGACAAUACUCACACUCAGGCUAUUGUUAAAAGAAUUGGAAAGGGUGACUUUCUUCUUGGAGGUCCUAAUGCCCUUGGAAUGUUUGUCACAUCAGAUGGUAUCUCACAACGACCUCCUCUUCAAUGGUCUGAUAAUUUAGUCAGUGUUGGCUACAUUCAUCCUUACAUAUGUGCCCUUAAUUCAGAGUUUAUUACUGUACACAGUAUUCUUGAUCAACAACAAAAACAAGCCAUUCCAUUUCAAGGAGGGACGUUGUUGGGUGACUUUGAUGGACGUAUUUUUGUAUCUUCAAGUAAGGAGAUUUAUACUCUGGUACCUGUGGCCUGGGAAAAGCAGAUUCAAGCAUUAUUAGCAGACAAAAGGGUUUCUGAAGCUUUGGAAUUGGUAAACAAUGCUAACCGAACAGGCCUUGCUAAAGAUAAGUUUCAAAAGAUGUUGAGCAGAAUUCAGCAGCAAGCAGGAUUUAUAGAAUUCUCUCUUGGGCACUUUGAUGAAGCCCGAGAGUUGUUUCGAAAAGGAGAAGUUGAUGUCAAAGAAUUGGUCAGUUUAUAUCCUCGGAUGUUAACUCCGACUUGCCAGUUUACUCGAUCAAUGCCACCACUCCACGACAUUGCAGACAUCAACCAACUGACUAAAAGCAACAGUGAACAACUAGUUGGCUACAAACACUUUUUGCAAUUUUAUCUUGAAGAAGUUCGAGAAACUUCAUUAAGUAAAGAAGAUCAGAAGGUUGUAGACACUGCCUUAUUGAAACUGUAUGCUGACCACAACAGUGAUGACCUUCUACGUUUGGUAUCUGCCAACCAUAACUGUGAUCUGUCAGACAGUGUUGAAUGCCUGGAGAAAUACAAGUGCUACCACCCACUGGCUAUGCUUUAUUAUUCAAAUCAGGACUAUGACAAAGCACUACAUAUAUGGAUGCAGCUUCUAAAUGGACAACUUCAGGAUGACAACUUUCUUGGACUUGACUUUAUUAUCAAACUUCUUGCAAACUUGACUGACCAUCAUCUGGUGUGGAAAUACGUUGAAUGUGUUUUGGAAAUGGAUCAAGAAAAAGGAGUCAAGGUAUUCACAGAGCGUCCAUCGUCUGAGCCAGCAUCUGACACUCUCUCACCAGAUACAAUCAUAGAUUUCCUCUACCGUUUCCCAAAGGCUGUGGUGGCUUACCUUGAAUUUCUUGUUUUUCAGAAAAAACUAAAGAGGGAAAAAUACCACACCCAUUUGGCUAUACUAAUACUCCCCAAGAAAGUCUGGACUUGGCUCGGUCUAAAUUACGACACAUGCUACAGAUGUCCAAUUUGUAUCGUGUUCAGCUAA